UUUUUUAUCUCUUUAUUUAGAACUAUAUAAACAUGGAAAAGAUUAUACAAUGGCACAUAAUAUUGUCACUCCUUUGCUGUGGUUGUUUCUUUAACUCGUUAAAGAAUGGUCUGGUACAUGAUGAUGUGUUUGCCAUCCAAACAAACACUGAUGUAAGAUCUGAUACACCAAUAGGAAAUAUUUUCAUAAACGACUUUUGGGGAAGAAAUUUAAAAGAUGCUAAAAGUCACAAAUCAUUCCGACCAUUAUGCACACUGACAUUUCGCAUAAAUUAUUUGCUACAUGGUUUGAAACCAUUUGGAUAUCAUCUUGUUAACUUAUUACUUCAUACUGCUGUUGUUAACUUGUUUUUUUAUAUUUUGUAUGAUGUGUUAUUUCAAGAAGUUUCAUCUGCUGUAAUUGCUUCACUUAUUUUUGCCACCCAUCCUGUUCACGUUGAAGCAGUGACUGGUGUUGUUGGUCGUGCUGAUGUGUUAUCAUGUUUACUGUUUUUGCUUUCUUUUCUAAGUUAUGCAAGACAUUUACACAGUACUAACUAUUUGGGUAAUAAGAGUAAUGGAUCGUUGUUUACAAAAGAGUUCUUUAUGACAAUCCUGUAUGGAAGCAUGUGUUUGUUUGUGAAGGAGCAUUCUGUCACCGUGUUUGGGGUUUGUGUUGUGUAUGAUCUAAUCAAAAAUAAACAUAUAAUAUCGAGAUAUCUUCCAGUCAAAUCUAAAAUUUCCACACAAAGUAACACACAUUCUUUGGUUCAAGAAAUAACGAUAAUAGCAAAGAGAGUCAUAUUUUUAAUGUUAUGGGUAUUUACAUUGUUUAUAAUACGGCUUCAAAUGAUGGGAACUCGAUUACCCACUUUUAAAGAAGAAGACAACCCUGCUUCAUUUUCACAAUAUCCGAUGACACGAGUCAUGACCUAUUUAUAUCUUCUGUCGUUCAACGCGCAGUUACUGCUUGCACCAUAUAUUUUAUGUUACGACUGGCAGGUGGGAAGCAUUCCAUUGGUGGAAAACAUAACUGACAUUAGAAAUAUAUACACAUUGUGUUUUUUGAUUGUGGUGGCGUCAGUUGCUUUGAAAUCGUUGUUAAGGUCAAUUCAGAAUAGAGGGGAUGAUGUAAUAUUGGUAGGACUUGCUUUUGCUAUCAUUCCUUUCAUUCCUGCUUCUAAUUUCUUUUUGAGAGUUGGUUUUGUAGUUGCAGAAAGAAUUCUUUAUAUACCAAGUCUUGGUUUUAGUAUCCUUGUUGCAGUUGGAAUGGUCAAAAUAAAUUUGUUCUACAGCAGAAGCGGUCAUUUAGUUUACAGCAUAUUCGUGGUGUUAUUAGUUUUGUUUUCGUGGAAGACUAUUUCAUACAACACGGUUUGGGAAUCCAGAGAAACACUUUUUAAAUCAGGGGUGGUGACAUUGCCACACAACGCAAAAGCACAUUAUAAUUUCGCGAAUUAUUUGAAGGAUAAUAAUCGAACAAAAGAAGCAAUUAACCACUACAAGAGCGCAGUGAAAUUGUACCCAUCGCAUUCAAGUGCACACAACAACCUUGGAACACUAUUGGAUGACAACCAGUUAGCAGAGUACCACUUCAAGGAGGCAAUAAAACACACACCUGGUCACUACAGAGCAAUGUUUAAUCUAGCAGGUGUUUACAUGAGACAAGGAAGGAGUGUGGAAGCUGAAGAAAUCUUACGCAGAUGCUUAGGCUACUCUCCCGAAUACUACGAUGCGAAGGUUCUAUUUGCAGAUGUCCUGAGACAAAACAAGAAACUAGAUGAAGCGCACUCGAUGUACAAAGUUUUGCUCUCUAAACAUUCGAGCAAAGUCGAUCUUGUACAUCAGUAUGGCACGUUUCUGAACGACAUUGGUGAAACAAAGCAAGCUAUCGCUACUUAUGAAGUAUUGCUGAAGAAAAAGCCGAACGACUACGUUUCUGCAUACAACUUAGCAAUGAUAUAUGGCCAGCAUGGACAUUUGGAGAAAGCAAUUCAGCUUUAUGAAAGAGCGAUUUUAAUAGAUGCAUCGGACACAAGAGCUUACCAAAGCUUGGCUGUGUUAUAUUACAAUGCAGGGAAGUUGACUGAUGCCAAUGCUGUCUACAAACGAAUGUUUAAAUCGAGUCGACCGACUCGAGAGCAUAUACGUAAUCACGCUGUGAUAUUGUUUGGUUUGAAACAUCAUACUCAGGCAAUCGGGACGAUCGAGGAUUUGAUUAAACAAGACAAAUACUUUCUUCAAGCGCAUUAUACUAUUAUCAGCUUUAUGGUUGAAAUAGGAGAGCCGAAUAAGACACAUCACGUGAUUGAAAGAGCGUUGAAAUUAUUCCCGCGUAAUGUUGAGGUGCUCUUGCAACGCGGAAAUUUGAAGAGAACACUAAAGGAGUUCAAUGAAGCGAAGAAGGUUUACUUGGAAAUAUUAUCUAUUGCUCCAAACCACUUCCACGCUUUAGUUAAUCUUGGAACAAUCUACCAUAUACAGAAUGAUCUCGAGAAUACAGAAAAGUAUUACGAGCUGGCUUACAAGAUCGACCCUAAAGACAGUGCACUUAUUGAAAACAUGAAGAAACUAAAAAGACUGCAAGCGCGCAAAAGUCAAACGUAGCUAGUCUCCCAUUAUAUUACCAUAAAAAUAAGUAACAUGGCUUUUGUUAUGAUUUUUAGGUAGGUUUUUGAAAUAUGCGAGUUGAUCGAAUUAUUUAUUCAUUAAAUUUUUAUUUUUUUUAAUAAUUUUUUCUAUUUUUAUACAAGGUCAAUGUUUAUUUUUGUAAGUGAAACCAUGUAUAUUAUUUUUAGCUUAUAAUUUUUUACACUUUCUAUUUUUUUAUAAACAAGAUUGAUUGAAUAUGACCAAACUAUGAAACCCAAUUCUUUUGUUAUUUUGACAAAUUGUCUUAGUGAACUAAAGAGUUUUUGUUUAAAAAUAUAUUUAUUAAAUUUGGGCGUCCCAAGAUAGGGUCAGUUUUGUUUUGUUUUCUCUUUGUUUUAAAUGAUUAAAUUUGUCAAGAUAGUGUUUGCCUUUACCUUUAUGUCGUCAAACGUGUUUGAUUCAUUUAUAGUUUUUAAAAACCUUAGUAACGUCAACAUGUAAGUGUCACUUGUAACAGCGCGUCACAUGGAUCAGAUUUCAAGUCAGUGAACGUGAGGCUCAUGUAGUUUUGUUUAUGAAUAGAGAGAACAACUUUUUUUAACGCAAUUCAAUUUUAGUUUGAUAACAGAGAUGGACUUGGUAAAUAAAUUUUGGAUUUUAACUGUAGGGUUUAUUUUUUGUUAUGUUGUGAGAGGUAAGAUAUUUUUACAUAUCGGAGUUUUCUUUUUCGUUUCGGUGCAAGAUUUCGUUAUAUUUACUAUAUUUUUUUUCACUAUACCUUUCUCAUUCUUUGAUUUUUCACAUAAUUAUUUUUAGAAGAACAAAAAAAAAAAAAAUUAAAAAAAAGUGACUUCCAUAUUAAAUCGUCUCCAUAACUAAGGUUUGGGUAAAGUUCGGACGCCUUUUUAUUUUCGUGUUUUAGUCAAAUUUAAAUUUGCUGUAUAUAUGUUUUUGAAUCUUUAUUUAUGAGUAGUUAGUUAUUUCUUUUAGCGAGUAUUGUUUUCUAUUUAAUAUGACAUAAAGGAUCGUAUUUACAAAAUUCGUUUGGUUUAUCACUUUUUUUGCUUUUUCGUUGUUUACAUGUAGGGCGUCUGUGGUUCGAUAUUAGAAUCUGCAAUGGCUGUGUUUAUUUUUUAUUUUUUUUAACAAAGCACAUCGUAAAAAAAGGCGCCAAAAUUAAUUACAAAAAAAUUAAUGAAACCGACGAUUUAAAAAAAAAAAGUUAAAACAAAUAUGGCUACUUUAAAAAAAUACAAGGAAUGCGAAACCGACGAAAGCCGUUGAAUCACAAGAUUUAGAAAAGUUGUGCUUAUCAGUAUUUCCAAAUGACAUUUAUAUUUACAAGAUUUGACGCUUUGGAGGCUUAUCUGUGCAUGCAAAUAAAGAAAUAUUCCCGCCAUCAAACCCAUACUUCGUAAGUAUUUGGGGAGUUGAAUUGCUUUUCUUGCGAUAGUGAUAAAUCACUUUCAGACUGUGAAAGAACUCAAUUUGAACGUCUGAGUUGCAAAAAAAUAAACCAAACCGCUGCUUGUUAUAUCGUGCAAAGAUUUACCAAGAAUGGAAAAGGACCGUCUUUUGGGAAACACUGCACAACCUUAGAAAUGUGCAAAAAAAUAUGCAGAGGUCUUCAACCCGAAGAUUGCAAGGCUCAUUGCUGUACAACUCCUCUCUGCAACAAGAGUACGUACACUGCAUCUCCUGCAUCUUUAUUUUCAAGCAACAUACUGAUGAUCUUUCUUACGAUUUCGUUGUUCACUGUAUCAAUAUUUCACUGACGGUAACUCUCUUUUGGUUAGAAUAGGCUUGAAAGAAUGUUAUGAAUAUAGCUAAAGUUCAGAUAUUACAGAUAACUUUUUUAAACUUUUUUAUUCCGUGUAAAUAUAGUUAUGUGUAUACAAAAAAACACUUCAGUUUUAUGAGGAGUCUUUUAAUUUUUAAAAUUAGUAUUCUUGGCAAUCUAAUUGUAGGAAAAGUUUAUUGAGAAGGGCUAAUUUUCUUCAAAUUGACAGUUGGGGUGGAUGUUAAUAAAUUGAAGAGGGUGCGUUAGCGGUGGGGGCGGUUUUGCUUUAAAUGUGGCUAUCAGAUCACCUACCUUGAACACCUUAUGGCUUCUUCCCUCCUCUAUAGUUUGAUAACCAAGAGUAACGAGAACACGAAAAUUAUUGUGUAAAAUUUCACUAGAUCAGUUAGUCGGGGUCAUCAGAAGUAUUUAAGCUUUUUAUUUUUAGCCUUUCUGCUUCAAGCUUUUUUCAAGUGUUCAUAGACAAGUAUUUUUAGAACAGUAAUACAAGAAACACGAUCUUAAGAGAGCCAGUAAACAAUUUUGCAAUUCGAGUAAGUAGCGGUUACUUUUCAUGUAUAUCCUCUAUUUAAUUAAGGUUGAUAUUUUUGGAUAUAUUUUAAAAUAUUUUAAGUGUCUGCUGGAUUUUCUAAAUAUUCAUUUCAAUUCACUUUCUUUUUUAUUUAGCGCUUGAAGAAAAGUUUAGUGCCACCGAUAAGAUUUUUGCGCUAAAUAAAAAACUUCUGUUUAUUUCCAGAAUUUUUAUCUGCGCCUAUAUAAUAUAACGCCAGGGCGGUUUUUAUACUGGGCGAAUUUCGACCAGGAACAAUAUUAGUCUUGCUUGAUUGGUCCCCUUUAAACUCAUAUUUAAAACGCAAAAGGGAAUUCUAGUGAGAUAAUUCCAAAUAAGCGCCCUAUAUUUGGAACAAAAAAGGUGCGCUUUUUCGAGAAAGGCAAUACUUCAUGUGAUGAGCUGGAAGAGCGCUAAUUUUUUGGUGGGGCGUUUAUUCAGAUAGCCCUGGUAUAGAUACGCCCACUCAUAUAUCCGUGUACAGACUCUAUCGUUAACCAAUGUAUUUAUAAAACUGAUAGUCUGUUGUAUAUUUUUAAAAAUUUUAAAAGUUUUUUAGUAGUUUAAUUUUUUUAAGUUGUUUUUGUUAAUUUAAAUAUAAUCGUGAAGAUAUGCCAUUAAUACUUAUUUUUAACCUAGAUUUUUUUUUACCUUGAUAUCAGUAGUCUUUUCGUGCACUAAAAUGUUUGUCUGUUAUAUAUUUAUGGGGCUAUAUCGUUUGUAUCAUACUUUAUAUGACAUAUAAUAAAUUUCUGUCAUCCUG